AAUCUGCCAGGCCAUUCGAGCCAUUCGAACCGUCUGCUCCCAACCUCAGGUCCUCAGCAGCAGCAUCUGAACGGAGUCGAACAUGGGAAUUGAUAUCUCAUUCGUUACUCAUGAUCUGCACCAUCUCUACACUACGCGUGCAGGUAAGUGUCUGAGGGAGGACUGUGCCAGCUGAAGACGCAGUCAUUGUCUCACUAGACUGGAGCACUGGGGCUCUUUGGAGGUAUGUAUGGCUUCCAGCGCCGUUGAUGGUUGUUGUCGAUGCCGCUGUCGCCGCGGUCGCCUUGGUCGUCGCGAUCAUGGCAUGGUAAAAGAUGGAAAACCGGCAGGUCGGGUAUCGACGUAAGGUGCUCCGCCCCGGUCUGGACCUUUGUUCCGGGGGGCUGUUCACCUUGGCCGGGACAUGGUCGGGCAUAUUGCGUCUCACGGCAUCGAAUCGAAUCGGUCGCCAUGAGCCUCCUGAUUGCUUACCUAGCCUGCAAGGCAACCCGACGGUCUGGCCGAUGCGCAGCUGGGUUUUGGUUUUGGUUUUGGUUUUGUCAGUGGUGUUUUACCUUUUUUGAACCGGAGGUUUAUAGCGGUCGGGUUGUAGGUUGCCUGCCGACCAUUACAGGUACAUGUGUACUUCCAAGACUGCACACAGACGACGGGAGGGGCUGUGGGGGCUACCUCCACCUGGGUGGUUUGAUUCGACAAAGGUUUCGUUUCAGACUUCAGUAGUCUUUACAUACCCCGACUUUCAUCCAUCUGGUA